GCUACAGAGUGGGGUUUUUUUUCCAUGCACAAAUUACGUACAUGAUCACUAAGUGUCAUGAUUCUAGGUUUUUUCCCUUCCUUGUCUUGGAAACAACUUAAUCAGCUUUUGCACUACAACUUCAAGUGAUGGAAGAUACCAGAGAGAUUCUCCAGGAGGAGGAUGGCUUCCAGCACAAUGAGAUGGAGGAUAAAGACCGGGGAGAAACAAAGUCUCCAAGGAGGAUCAUUUACUUUGCAAAUGGUGAAACCAUGGAAGAGUACAGUACGGAAGAAGAGGAGGAGGAGGAGGAGCAGCAGCAGCAGCAGCCACUUGACACAUCCAAACUCUCCUGGGGGCUCUAUCUGCGGCUGUGGGCAGUUCGAAUCGCAACAACUUCACUUUUUACUUGCGAAUUCCUCGGAGGGAAGCUUGCCAUGCUCUUUGGACUCAAUGAACCUAAAUAUCAAUAUGCAAUAGAUGAAUACUACAGGACACAGAAGAAGGAAAGUGAAGAUGAUGAAGAUGGUGAAAAGAUCUCUGAGACAAAUGAGGCAGAAUCUCUGAAUGAAAAACACCACCUUGAGGUACAGAGUGUAGAAUACGGAUCUAUUAGACUCAAGGAUGCUAUGGAGUUUUCUCAAAGAAGCACUUUUGCAAACAUUAAUGAGGCUUCAAAACAUGACCUACAAAGUCCAAACUGUAUCUCAGCUGUUAAGAAAUGAUGGCAACAUUGUCAGUGUGGUCUCUUCUGAUACUGAAAUAACUCUAUAAUAGGACAUGAAUAUAUCAUUAGCAUGCUCUGGGUCUAACAUAUCACAUUCCUUUGUCCAGAAGUGUUAUUCAAGUGUCUAAUAGCCAGCUAGAUAGAGCCAAAAUAGCUCUGUGAUGGAGAAAGGAGAUGGUGAAGAUGUAAUGCUGCCUUCUGUAACGUCUGACUCUUUACUAUUUGAGC